GCUGGUCAUCGCCGUGGCGCGGCUGGAGCCCGGCGUCGGCGUCAAAGGCGAACUGAAGUUUGAGAAUAGACAGCUUCUCACUGAGGAGCCAAACUUUUCCCACCUCUUAGGUUCUGGGGGAAAAAAAAAGAAAAUGAUUAAAAAAAAUAUGGCUCUGAACACAUGCUGUGGCAACUAAGGCUCCGGUACUUCGUGGAGUUCAGGGACCCUUGAAACCAGAAAUUACCAUAACUUACAUUGCCGUUUCAGCUAUAUUCUUUAACAGUGGACUCUCCUUAAAAACUGAGGAGCUGACAAGUGCUUUGAUGCAUGUGAAACUACACCUUUUUGUCCAGAUUUUUACACUUGUGUUCUUCCCAACAGCAAUAUGGGUCUUUCUUCAGCUGUUAUCAAUCACACCUAUAAAUGAAUGGCUUUUAAAAGGCUUGCAGACAGUGGGCUGCAUGCCACCUCCAGUGUCUUCUGCUGUAAUUUUGACCAAAGCUGUUGGUGGGAAUGAGGCAGCUGCUAUAUUUAAUUCCGCUUUUGGAAGUUUUUUGGGCAUUGUUAUAACUCCACUACUACUUUUGCUUUUUCUUGGAUCAUCCUCCUCUGUGCCUUUUACAUCCAUAUUCUCGCAGCUGUUUAUGACUGUUGUAGUCCCUCUUAUUAUUGGACAGAUUGUCCGAAGAUACAUCAAGGACUGGCUUGAAAGGAAGAAGCCUCCAUUUGGUGCUAUCAGCAGCUGUGUGCUCCUGAUGAUCAUCUACACAACCUUCUGUGAUACUUUUGCCAAUCCAAAUAUUGACCUGGAUAAAUUUAGCUUGAUUAUAAUCGUGUUCAUAAUAUUUUCUAUUCAGAUGAGCUUCAUGUUUCUGACUUUUCUCUUCUCCACAAGGAAUAACUCUACCUUCACACCAGCAGACACAGUGGCUAUCGUUUUCUGUUCCACACACAAAUCCCUCACCUUGGGGAUUCCCAUGCUGAAGAUAGUAUUUGCAGGUUAUGAACACCUGUCCUUAAUUUCCGUCCCUUUGCUCAUCUAUCAUCCUGCUCAGAUCCUUCUUGGCAGUCUGUUGGUACCAACGAUAAAAUCCUGGAUGGUUUCUAGGCAAAAGGCACUGAAGUUAACCAGGCAGCCCAAAGCACCCGUGAAGGUAUAAUUGUGGAGAUGGCCUGUGUCACAGUGAAUGUAUAUAUGUACCAUACUGUACACACGGACAAUUGACACAGCUGGGUUUUGUGAAUGUUGCUUCAGUGCAUAUUUUAUUUUUUUAUAUAUAUCUAUAUAUAUAUAUAUAUAUAUAUUAAAAGAUACCUGUUAAGUGCCUUACAGAUGCAUUUUUGGCAAAAGCAUUGUUUUCAGAAGCCACUUUGUUGGUUGCUGCCAGAGGUUGUACAGUAUUUUGGAGUCCUUUAGUUUAUUUUUCUAACCGAGUGAAUGGUCGUGACUGACAGCUGGUUCUUCCAUUGCCCCUGCUUUGAAGCCAGGGUGUACCAGCUGCAAGUCUCUGUUUUAAACUAGCCAAAAUGACCAGAAGCCUAUCCCACUGCUGGCUUACCCAGGGGAAGAGCUUUCUGAAGGUUUUUUCUGAGAUUGACUUGAAUUUCUGUGUGACUCUGUUACACUCCCUAGUCAUAUGACUGUGACAUGCCUUUUUCUUCUGAGUUUGUGUAUACUCAGCAUGGGGCCAUCCAAUGGAUAGAAGCUGAAAAGCAUGAAUUAUUUGCAUUUGUUGACACAGUUGUCUAGACAUUCCUUCAAAGUUAAUGGUUUCUCAAGAAAAUUCUUUCAAUUCCAUUGUAUGAUAUUGUGCCAUUGUAUAUCUUAAAUGCCUCAUAAGCUUCUUCAAAGAAAUGGUCUGGUGCUUGGGUUAUGAGUGAAGUAUUUGUGUUUGCAGCUAGGAGAUCUUUUUAUAAUUUACCCCUGAAGAACACAAAUUUUUGGUCUUUUUUUCUUUUCCUUCCCCCUAUGCAAUGUACGGAGAUCUACACGGAGAAUUUAGGAUGCUGAAACAGAGCCUUUAUUGUAGCAAGCCAGGCUAUGUUUUCUCUAUUGCUGCAUUGGUAAUGAAUAGUAGCUUAUGAGGACAAGAAACUUGACUUUUUUUUUUUUUUUGCUAAUUAAAAGAUCCUUAUAGUAAGAAAAACACUAUUGUAGCUCAUUUGACAAUCAAUCGCAACUUUUACAAAAAUAAUAUUACUCUUUCUAAUAAACUUACAUUAAAAAGGAGUUCUAAAUACUAUUUCUAGGCAUUGAAGAGAAAGGAAUGCAGGCAUAUAUUUAAACGUGCAGCCAGCACUACAUUUUGUCUGGGAGUUGAUUUCAGAAAUGUGCUCUAGUCCAGACUGUGGGUGUGCCCAUCUGCUAAAACUGUGCUGACUUUUGUGCAUUAAAAUAUUAAGUAAGGAAAGGAAUAGGUCAGUGUGGGAUCAAUAUAAAUGCAGAGCUUCCAUGUGUGUCACGGUUAACAUUGCAGCUAAAGGCGUGGCUGAGUGCAAACACAUCGGAGCAAGUCUUGAGCAAAAGCAGAUUAUCGGAGCUCUGAUAAGGCUGUAAGCCUUUGCACAAGCUGAAGAUCUUCUGUGUGACAAUAAGCAUGUGAAAUUCAUAUCCUUUUGCCUUACAAAAAAAAAUGUGCUUGGUUUACCUAGUCUGUUACUUCCAGUCCUGUGAAAAAUAGGAAAAAAGUAAUCUGGUACCAAUCCUCGGUGCUUUACCUGAUGGCCACUCCCUGUUGCCAUCUGUAUGAGAAACUACAGGGAGCUGACAGCAUCACCCUGCUCAGAACCAGCACACCAAGAAAAGGACCAUGUAACAAAGGUACGGGAGGUGGCACAUGCUGAAUUCUUUCCCUCCCUGGAGGGGGCUCAAGCUCUCCCUGCUGAGUAGGCAGAGGGCUGAGGGACACUGUCCACUGCCCAUGUCCCCAGGGUUCUGCUCUCUUCCCAGUGGGCAGUGAGUUCAGGUUUGAUCAGUGCAUCCCUAGAUAGCACAGGCAGAUCCACCAAUAGGCCUGCAAGGAACUGGAGAGUUCCUGGGCCAAAUUUAAGGUUCCACUUCCUUCAGCAUCCUAAGUGGUAACCAUAUGGGAAAAAAAUCCUCUGGGUUUAAAAACUCCACUUGCAGCAGAGGACUGCUUCCAAACUCAGGACAGUUUCUUUUUGUUCUGCUUCCAUAAACCUGAAUUUUCAGAGACUACAGAGUCUUAAUCCCAAUCCCACUGAUAUAUAUUGAUGACUCUUUCUGUUGGUUUUGAAUGGUGAGACAACAGGCCCAGAGGCAGUGUUCCUGUUUUUUAAAAAUACAUAGCAAGAGUUCAAGCAGACAGUAGCUGACUGUGCUACUGUGGUUGUGUCAGUGCUCAAUAGUCAGAACACUGCAUGUACCCUUUCUGAGCUACCUCUGUGUACUGAAUCUCUGCCUUUCAGUACUUCCAACAACUCGCUUAGAUUCCAUUGAACACAUCCUUUGUUUUUUGGGGUUUUUUUCACUUUCGAGAAUAUUUCAAACUUUUUUACGAUGUAGUUUUGUUAGAGUCUUUACAAAGUCCUUGUUGAUUGCUUUGGGGCAGCUUAAAUAUUGUGUAUGACUGUUGGAGGUGUUGAUCCGAAGAGAAUAUCAAGCUAAACUGAAACACAUAUUUUAAAUCCAUACUUAAUGAAACUGAAUUGUGCACAUGAAUUCUGUUAAGACUGUUAAGAUGUUUGUUUUAUGACUUGUUAUAUGUCUUUAAUAAACAAUGGUUUUGAAUUCAAUUUUGCUAAAAGGAAAAGAAGAUAAAAUUAUUUAUCCUCUAGGUCACAUUUUUACCUCUGUUAUGUGUUUUAUUCUUUUGUGGGUGAGCUUUUAAACUGUUUGCUUGUGGUUUUUUUUUCUUAAAAAGCCCAUUAAUUAUCUGGAAAUACUUCAUGAACUUGAGGAAAGAAAGUCCUCAGAAUACUGCUAGUUGUCAUCAAUUGAAAGUUAAUACAUUGAACCUAGCCAGGUUUUUAUUAAAGACUUAAAACAGUU